AUGGCUAACAGAGGCUAUGAUGUCGUCGUCGAUGUCGACGCAGAAGGUGACCUAGGCCACACUGACCUCCAAGACGACGACCUCGAAUUCCACUCAUCAAACUUCGAAUCGAGUUCUUCGAACCGCAAAAUCCAGCCCGACACUCCCUUUCUAGCUGGCUCCGUCAAUCCAGCCAACCUGCCCAGCAAUGACCCCUCCUCCAUGCCGCAGAAACACAUGCUCUGGUCUCUGUCCUUCUACGCCCAAUUCUUCGACGUCGACACCUCCACCGUGCUGCACCGAUGUCGCUCCGCCAUCCUUCCUUUCAUCCCCAACACGCCGCCAUUUCUCGACAUCAUGGACGGAAACCCUGACCUCUACGGCCCAUUCUGGAUCGCGACCACCGUCGUGGUAAUUCUGUUCCUCACGGGGACAAUAAGCCACAAGCUGGCGACCGAGGGGAAAAACCACUUCGAGUAUGACUUUAAAUUGCUUAGCGGCGCCGCGGGCCUGAUCUACGGAUACACACUGCUUAUCCCCCUGGGGCUCUGGGGCGCGCUGCGCUGGUUUGGCGCACAGUCUCUCGAACUGGUGGAAUGCUGGGCGCUUUAUGGGUACAGCAAUCUAUUCUGGAUUGCCGUGGCGUUGGUCUCGUGGUCACCACUCAAUGGACUCAACUACGCCCUUGUCGGGCUGGGUUACGCCGUCAGUGUGUUCUUCUUGGUCAAGAACUUGUAUCCGGUGAUUAGUGCGACGGAGAAAAAGAUCAGCCAGAUCUUGCUAUUGGCCGUGGUGUUGCUGCAUGCCGGCCUUGCGAUCGCCAUUAAGAUCUUGUUCUUUAGUCACAAGAGUCCAGCCAAGGAUGAUGACAGCAAGAUGUUGUUCUAA